AUGUACUUUGUUCAGAUAAGACACCUUUCUUCGCAAAUAAAUCGCAAGACAGUGUCCAUUGUUGGGUCGGGGCCUUCCGGCUUUUACACGGCAUAUCAUUUACUUAAGAAGUCGCCAGUUCCAUUGAAUGUUACUCUAUGGGAAAAGUUGCCUGUUCCUUUUGGUUUAAGUAGAUAUGGUGUGGCACCUGAUCACCCAGAAGUCAAAAAUUGUGAAGGAACGUUCACUACAUGUGCAGAAGAGUUUUCUUCCCCUACGGAUCAAAAGCAUAAAUUUUCCUUUGUUGGCGGCGUAACCAUUGGAAAAGAAAUACUGUUAAAGACUUUGCUGGAUAAUCAAGAUGCUGUUAUUUUAAGUUAUGGUUGUACAGGUGACAGAAAGCUGAAUAUCCCUGGCGAAUUAAGAACGAAGGGGGUAUUUAGUAGUAGAGAAUUUGUCAAUUGGUACAAUGGCCAUCCUGAUUUCGCAAAGGAUAAGCGAUUUACUGAUUUUGAUUGGAGCAAGGUUUCGAAAGUUGGUAUUAUAGGAAAUGGUAACGUCGCUCUUGAUAUAACGCGUGUACUAAUUUCUAAUCGAAUUGAUGAGAUAUGGAAGAAUACGGACAUCUCAUCUCUUGCACUAAAUUUUUUAAGAAGGGCACCUGUAAAAGACGUUAAGCUAAUUGCACGAAGGGAUUUUGUUCAUUCUAAAUUCACCAACAAAGAAUUAAGAGAACUAUGGGAGUUAGAAAAGUAUGGUAUACGGGGUCGCAUAGAUUCUAAAUUUUUCCAGAAAGAAAUGUUCGAUUUGUCUAAGUACGACCGUGCAUUCAAUAGGCGAGUAGAGAUGUGUAGUGAAUAUCUCAAGCCAUUUGAUGAGCGCUCGAAGAAAAACUACAAAAAGGCACCUCCUCCAAGCAGCGGAUAUAACAAGUUCUGGGAAUUGGAUUAUCUAAAGACUCCCCUGGAGAUUAAUAGAGAUGAUUUUGGUUCAAUCAAAUCGUUGAGUUUGUGUAACAACCAAAUACAUGAAGAUAACACUUUACAACCUUUGAAGGAUACGAAUAAUAUCAUGACAUAUCAGAUAGACCUGUUGGUUACAUCAUUGGGAUAUGCAGGAGUUCCCAUGCCUGAAUUCUCUAAUUUAUCCAUCGGAUUUGAUAAAGACCAUAUAGCUAAUAAACAUGGUCGUGUUUUAACUACUAGUGGUGAAACAUUCCCACAUUUGUAUGCAUCUGGUUGGAUCCGUAAGGGUAGCCAGGGUGUAAUUGCCUCGACAAUGCAAGAUGCUUUUGAAGUGGGGGACAGAGUAAUACAAGACUUGGCGGUUAGCGGAGCGCUGUCCUCAGAGAAGUCCAUCGAUCUCUCCAACGUCAAGCAUACCACAUGGGAGGACUGGGAAAGAAUCAACAAGAAGGAGUUGCUUCGGGGCCAAAAGGAGCAUAAAGCUCGAUCAAAGUUUUUGACUUUUAAAGGAUUGUGGAGCGGCGUAGAAGGCAUAUAG